UUAGAAGCAGCCUUUCUGCCGCGUUGCGUCCUGAAUAAUAACUGAGGCUCUGCGAGGCAAAACGUGGGACAGGAGAUGAACUGAGACAGAGAGCAACUGCAAGGGGGGACGUGCGCACAAGGCGAUUGACGCGCAGUGGGGCAAGCAUCAGGUGCCGUGCGGAGGAAAGAGACGAGGCAACUUGGACAGCAAUUUAAAAAAAAAUACUAAUAAUAGCUAUAUAUAAGUGAAUCAAGAUGACGGACGGAGCAAGACAACGGAGCAGCACGGCGGGCUCUGCCAAGGAUGCGGCCGCUGAGAAGGAGUCUGGAGGAGUUGCGCUCAAGAAGGAGAUCGGACUCGUGAGCGCAUGUGGGAUCAUAGUUGGUAACAUCAUCGGCUCGGGAAUCUUCGUCAGUCCGAAGGGAGUGAUGGAGAACGCCAGCUCUGUGGGCGUGGCCUUGAUCGUCUGGAUCAUCACGGGCAUCAUCACCGCCAUCGGAGCGCUGUGCUACGCAGAGCUGGGCGUCACCAUUCCCAAAUCCGGGGGCGACUACUCCUACGUGAAGGACAUAUUCGGGGGCCUGGCAGGGUUCCUCCGGUUGUGGAUCGCCGUGCUGGUCAUCUAUCCCACCAACCAGGCUGUGAUCGCCCUGACGUUCUCCAACUACGUCCUCCAGCCUCUGUUCCCCACCUGCUUCCCGCCGGAGAACGGCCUGAGGCUGCUGGCUGGCAUCUGUCUCUUGCUGCUGACCUGGGUGAACUGCUCCAGCGUGCGAUGGGCCACCAGAGUGCAGGACAUCUUUACAGCCGGCAAACUGCUGGCCCUCGCCUUAAUCAUCAUCAUGGGAAUCGUUCAGAUCUGCAAGGGAGACUACUACUGGCUGGAGCCGGACAAUGCCUUCGAGCCCUUCCAGGACUACGACGUGGGUUUGAUAGCCUUGGCGUUCCUACAAGGCUCGUUCGCCUAUGGAGGCUGGAAUUUCCUCAACUACGUCACAGAGGAGCUGGUAGAUCCCUACGUGAACCUCCCGCGUGCCAUCUUCAUCUCCAUCCCCCUCGUGACCUUCGUUUACGUCUUUGCCAACAUCGCCUACGUCACGGCCAUGAGUCCCCAGGAGCUGCUCGCCUCAAACGCCGUUGCUGUGACGUUUGGUGAGAAGCUGCUGGGAGUCAUGUCGUGGAUCAUGCCCAUCUCUGUGGCUCUCUCCACCUUCGGAGGAGUCAACGGUUCCCUCUUCACGUCCUCACGGUUGUUCUUUGCCGGGGCCAGAGAGGGCCACCUCCCAAGCCUUCUGGCCAUGAUCCACGUGAAACGCUGCACCCCCAUCCCUGCUUUGCUCUUCACUUGCCUGUCCACUCUGCUCAUGCUGUGCACCAGUGACAUGUACACCCUCAUCAACUAUGUGGGCUUCAUCAACUACCUCUUUUAUGGAGUCGCUGUCGCCGGGCAGAUCGUCCUGCGAAUUAAACAGCCCAACAUGCACCGGCCAAUCAAGAUCAGCCUGAUAUGGCCGGUCAUUUACCUGGUCUUCUGGGCCUUCCUGCUCAUCUUCUCCUUGUACUCGGAGCCCGUCGUGUGCAGCAUCGGGCUCGCCAUCAUGCUCACUGGAGUUCCUGUCUACUUCCUGGGGGUCUACUGGGAGAACAAACCGCAGUGCUUUGAUACCUUCGUUGACAAAAUGACGUACCUGGGCCAGAAGAUGUGUGUGGUUGUUUACCCGGCCGAGACCGGUGGCGGCGGCAGCGGAGGCGACAAGGAGGGGGAGGAGAUGAAGGAGGCGAGGUCUCCUCUCUCCAUGGGGGACGGAGACAACCACAAAGCAGCGUACUGUUGAAUCCGAGUUGUUGGGGGGGUUUAUUGUUAUUUCUAGCUGGGCCCUUAAAAAAAAAAAAAGAAAAGAAAAGAGAAAUGCAGACAGACACAUCAACAUGGGUUCGCUCUACAAGUGCAGAUACAAACCGCAGUUUGUUUACUGAUCAACACUUUUUCUCUAAGUGUCGUUUUAAUCAGCGAUACCAAAUAUCAACACCUCAGCCGGGUGAGACCGAGGUCCAUCAGAAGUGUAAAGAAGAUGGGUUAGCGCCUUCUGGUUCCUCAGGCCUCACAUCAGCAUCGACAUUUUGACACAUUUUUUUUUUUGUUAUUAUUUCCAGAGACUCUUACUGAACUGUCAUGGACGAUUGUCUUUUUGGUUCAUCCUUUGUCACCUUUGUAAAUUUCGCUUCACGUCACAUUCAUCACAACGAAGCUGAAUUCUUCAAAAGAUCCGGUUCUGAUCACAUCGUGUUGUUUGAUACUCAAUUUAUGGUUUCUUUUUAAAGUGACUCAAUGAUGCCUCUUUUUUUUAUAUUUGUUAAUAUCACUCUUAAAAUUAUUCUUAUUGUUCAAUCAUCUUUAACAUUUUCUACUAUAUAAACUUAAUUUAAUUUUUUUUUUAGGUAUUCUGUGUCUCUAACAUUCAUUUCACCUCAUUUUUAUUCCUCCAACUGCAGAUUUAUCUCGAUUGUAAAGUCGAUGUGGAAUUGGUUGCUGUGGCGGCAAAAAGUGCACAAAUUUUAUUAACCUGCCUUAAUCAGAAUUACGGUAUUGUGCACUUUACUGCAAUUGUAGCUGUGUUUUGACAGAUGUGGAAAGAUCGCUGUUGCUUCUUUUUUCCCCCCCUUUCAUCAAAAUUGCUACGUAAAAGUGACACUAAGCAAAUUGUUUGUAUGUUUCUGCAGAGAGAAAAAGGAAGUCAUAAGUGCAAAUCACUCUGAAAGUGUUUUUUUUUUUGUUUUUUUUUAUCGUUUACAUCUGUGUUUUAAUUCCCUUCAGUGCACAAAUGAGAGCUUUACAUGCAAUUAUUGCCUUUCCAGCUCAGUUAGCUGCAGGAAUCUUUUUGUGCAAUAUUCCCUCAGACUCCAGCAAAACCCAAAGCAUUCUCGUCACCAAUGAUCUCCCGUAGUUCUCCGUUUAUCCAGUAUGCUGUAUUUUGAAGGAAACAACACCGCUGCACACACAGAGACUAAUUAUUCUGGGGUUUUUUCUGACUCAGGGCAUCUCCACACACACUGCCAAAAAAAAAAAAGAUUCAGCACAUCUGAAUUUAAUCCACUUUAAUUAUGAUCAGAGUUUUUUUUUUUUUUUUUUUAAGAUUUUUGAUCCUACAAAGAGACGGAAAGUGCUAAAAGAAAAUGAAAAAUGAGAUGAUGGAAUCAAAACGUUCGGUCAGUCGUGUGUAUGAUUUGAUCUUGUUAAACUGUAAGGGUCGUAGGGCGAUUGGCCUCCUACAAGUACAACAGUGUAUUUUCAUUGACCUGUACAGUUAUUGUGCAUUUACAACAUAUGACAAUGUCACAGACUCUAUCAUGAUGUCCCUUAGUAAUAAAAACCACUGACUGAUGUUUGGACUUGUAAUUGAAGCUCACUUCUUUAUCACGAGCCCACAUUGCUGUGGCAACCUUAUUAUUUGGUUUAAAUAUGUCACUUUGCUUCUUCAUUAAGCCUCUAUUUAAGCAUCAGCUUAUUGAUCUAAAUGCAUCUGUAGAUUGAUGGAGACAAAGAGUCAUACCUAUUUUCAAAUCUCAUAAUUUGAUUUCAUUCAUAAUCACACUGCCUUCACAAACACUGCAGAAACACAACGUAUUACCAGGUAUUUUUUUCCUAGUUUCCAGUGCAAACACCUUGGUACGUUUGAAAUUAGACAAAACUGACUUACAAGUAACUUUCCAGCAAAAUGUAUCAGCUUUUUUAAAGUAAUCUUUGUUUUUACAGUGUAAGCUAAAUACCCAAAAACUCAGACAUCAAACAAGGAGUACAUACUCUUCAUCUUCUUGUGUUUCGUUAACAGAUUUGACUCCACACAUUAUCUCAUGCAGAAACGAGGCCUGAAAACAUUCCUUGCUCAAAAAGUCGAAUGCUGCAACUUUACUUGUUGAGACAAUCUGAAUGGUGCAAGCUGCAACACAAAGACAAAACCUUGUUGCUUCUCACCUCUGAGUAACGUUGAUCGUUGCUCCCUGAUAAGCUGCAGCCUUCCUUAAAGCAACACAAAGUGUCAGCGUGGUGUAAUAGCUACCAGCUUCUACAGACAGGCCCAUCUGUUGUUUCGAGUACAACCUAUUACACUGUGCCUACAAUGCUGAUGCAAAGUUCUCUAACUUUUGCAGUCUUGGCUACCAUGCUGAAAAAUGUCUCUCGAAUAUUCCGUCUUAAAAUGUAGAAUGUACAUAAUAGUGGUCAAUGUUUGACAAGAAUAAAAAAUAUACACAAGUGG